AUGAAGGCAAAUCGAUUUAUAAUCCAUAAUCCUACUAUUGAAUCUUACUAAUUGGAAGAGUAUUACAAUCAUUUUAAAAGAAUGGAAGAGAUAAAUAAAGAAAAGAUGAACAUAUACAAAAAUAUUGAAUCUAAUAAAUCUGCAUCAAAUUACAGAUUUUUGAUGCUCCAAUAAACAUCUAAAUUUAAUAAAUAACAAUAAUAAAAUGCUUAAGAUCGUCUUAAGAAAGUAUUGUUAAAACUAUUUUAAAUAAGUUACUUGAUGAUAAAAUUGAAAGAAUUAAGGUGAGAGAAAAUCCAUAUAUCAAUUAAACUAGAUUAAGAGGUAUUUCUUAAGUUGAUCUAAAAAGUCCAAACUUUAGUUUUAAUAGUUCUUUAGAGAGUCUCAAUUUAAUGAAAAAGCUGUAAUCUCUUAAAUCCACUAUCUCAAAGAAGAUUCUGGAUGUAAAUUACUAAAAAUAAAAGGAAUAUGGAAAUAGACUAAGAAAACUACCUAAAUUACCAGAUUCAGAUAAAAAAUACCACUAUUUGUUUUGA